UAAAAAAUGUAAAUGUAAGUGUGUCAAUUUUAUAUGUCUAUAAAAAGAAUCUGUUUUUACUAUGUGCCCUUGUAUAAAAUAUGUAACGGUAGCUUAAAGCAAAACUUUCAUUUGAAAAUAUUUGAACGGUUAAGGGAGAAAGGCACAACUCAAGAUUGAAAUCAAUGGGGGUAAUUAGAUGGAUGGCAGUUAGUUGAUUUGAGACAUUAAAAUCUUAAUUAAAAGUUCAAAUGCACUAGUUUGCAGGGACAACGUAUGCAAAUUAACAAAAGAAAAACAGUACCCCCAAUAGAAAAAGAAAAAGAUCAGCACAAAACAAAACAAAAAGCAAUGAUUACACAUGGUAUGUUAUACUUAUCAACAUUAAUAGAAAAAUAGGAAAAUACACUCUUUAGACUUUAGUCCCCAAAAAUGAGAAAAAGAAGAAAAAACCCAAUAAAAAUAUAGGAAAAACAAAUAAAAUAUUUGUGGUCCCGUUCUACUCUGUUUGGCUUUUUAAAUAUAUUCCUAUCUUCAUUAUUCUCUCAUCGAACUCAGAACCUCUAUGAUCUCUCUCUGCCUCUAAGAUUUUUAGCCUCUGAAAAUUUCCCUAUUCCGGAAACCCUAAAAUAUGGAACCUACAAAUACACCGGUGAUAGCCAAGAAACUAAGAAACAUGGUACGUCUAGUUUUGUUCACGUUACAAAAGGGGGUCUCCAAGAAAAAGCUGACGAUGAUGAAACAUGGGAAGAUCUUAGGCAAGUCUUUCAAUGAUUUCAUGGUCCGUCAUCAGACUGAGCUCAGCUGCAAGUCGGACGACGUACAAGUAACAUCGUUUGUGUACCCGUUGGAGUACGAGUUCAGCUGUACCAGCAGCCCGCCGCGUAGGUCAUCCUACACUCCUCCAUGUCAAUCCGGCAAGGUGUACAAGGGGCGGUAUGUUAGGCAGCAUUCGCGGAGGGGAGUUUAUGUGCCAAUGAUGUGUGAGGAUGCAUUGGCGACAGUCCAUGGGGGGAAGAAAGCGAGUUAUCGCGGCAGUGAUGUGGUGGAGCCACUGCCAAUUGUGAGGCGGGCGCUGGUGAGGGUAACGGAGUGGGAGCCUUUGUUACCGUUGAGUAAUGAUGAGGAGGAGGCUUACCAUGUGGACAAGGCAGCCCAGGAAUUUAUUGACAAGUUUUAUAGGGAGUUAAUGUUGCAAAAGUGGAUGGCUGCAGGUCGAUACAGCUGAAGUAGGCUGACAAGUAAAGGAUAUGGAGAGUGACUUAUAUGUAAUCGGUACCCUGAUGAUCAAAGUUCUCGAGAGGAUUUUCAGUAUGUCCAACAUCACACGUUAGGUUUAAUUGUGCAAUUCAUCGUGUUGAUCCUUAACUGUUUUAUUAGAUUUGACGUAUUAUGUUGGGCAUACUGAAGAUAGAAUCUCAUCUUUAGUAGUUGGAGAGUGUAUUAAUUUAGUGAAGUAAUUAGAACUCAUGCUUUCCUUAUUGCAUGUACAGUUAAGACUUGGAGAACGGUUAGAACCCUUGCAUGUAUUAUGAAAUGCAGAAAAUCCUUCAGAG